UGUUCUUCUUCUUUGAGUCAUUCAAAAGCAAGGACAGAAAGGAAGGAUGAAGACAGAAGAUCUUAGGGUCCAGAAGACAAUGUGGUUCUAAUAAAAAGAGGAAAAUAGAGGCAGAAUCAAAAUCUAGAGGGCUAUUGUGACCUCAAACUGUAACUUAAAUUAGUCCAAUGCAACAGGAGUUUCAAGAACAGCAGCCCCCAAAAGAUGUCUUAACUGGAUGGGAAAAGAAGGCACGUAUUUUCAAGAAGGCCUCUUUAUUAAUAAAGUAGAAGUUUCCCUUCAAGAUGACAAGUGGUGCAAAUUCCUCAGGUUCUUACUUGUCCUCAAAACGAAGUUCUAAAAUAGAUGACAACUACUUGAAGGAAUUGAAUGAGGACUUAAAGCUGAGGAAGCAGGAACUUUUAGAUAUGUUAAAACCUCUAGAAAAUAAGAACAACCUCUUAUUGCAGAAGUUAAUGUCUAACUUGGAGGAAAAACAAAAAAGUUUGCAGAUCAUGAGGCAGAUCAUGGCAGGGAAAGGAUGUGAUGAAUCCUCCGUCAUGGACCUCAUUAAAGAAGCAGAGGAGAUGAAACAGAACCUGGAAAGGAAAAACAAGAUGCUUCGGAAGGAAAUGGAGUUGCUAUGGAACAAGACAUUAGAGACAGAAGAACUCCGUGAUCAACAAAAGACACCACAGAUAAAAACCAGGGCAGACUUACAUGAUGGAAAGGAAAAGCAACAGAGGAAAAUGGAAUGGGUCAAGUAUCAGGAACAAGCCAACACUCUUCAGAAUGACUUCCAUGGUAAAGUGAUUGAGCUGAGAAUUGAAGCCUUGAAGAACUACCAGAAGGCCAAUGAAUUGAAAUUAUCACUGUACUUACAACAGAAUUUUGCACCAAAGCAAACAUUUUUAAAUCUUCCAGGAUUCCAAGGUUCUAAGGGCACUACAACUAUGGGAAGAACAACUACUGGCAGAAAUGAACUCAAUGUGAGAAUUCUGGGAUCAAAGACCUACAAUGCACAACAAGGAGCCAAAGGAAAUCAGUCUGAUGAUGCAGGAGGGAGGCUCUUAUUUCUGAGGUCACUGCCAAAGGAAGCUCUGAAGGAUUAAAAAGCUUUCACUCCAUUUGCUUUGGACAGAUUUAAAGACUAGGCACAACCAUUUGUGUUAAUUAAAAUCUCUCAAACCUU